GGAAGGUAACCGCAGAAUAUUUCUGUGAACAAAAAUCUUAACUUACAAUCCAAUGACUUAAUAUCUUUUGUUUUCAGAGGAGAUGUCACAUCUUUAUUUGCCGUGGGGCGCAGGGGAGAGGUAUACGAAUCGUUUGCAAGUGCGUAACCAGUUCGCCAGUACCCUAGAGCUGCAUAAUCAAUCAUCAUACGAAUAUCAAGAACCCAUACAACGUCAGAGAAGUCCAAGUUUACCACCCAUCCAUCACGUUGAUUCAGAGAGAACGCUUACUAAAGAAGACCGAAGAUCUAAUAUAUUAAAUCGCAAUAUUCCCAGUGCUAAAAGAUUUGCUUUUUACGAUGAGGACUGCGAAGGUGACACGUCGGGAUAUGGCAGUGAAACAGUGAAUCAUAAAAAUAUAAAUAGUGUUCUACAUGAAAUCAGUAAUGACCACAACCCUGUUGUGGCCUGGGAACAAGAAGGGAAGGAAAACAGAAAUCGAAUGUCGUGUGGGGAUAAAUCGGGGACGACCGACGGAGUAUGGUCAGCCCGGAGCCCCCGCGGCUCCACGGCCGAAGAGGGCCGGCCGCGAUGGGGUGACCGCGGAGUCGCCACUGGCCGCCUCUGGGAGCCCACCGCGCCCACUGAACGCUUGCCUCAGAUGCCAAAUCAGAAGAAAGGUACGCCUUCUUGGGUCGAACGUGGUCUUAACAUGAUAGAAAACUCGGCGGAAGUUCUAGUCAUUGAUCAAAGGAGUUCCACCAAUUCAGGCUUCGAUUGUGACAGAUCUUCCUCUAACGGCAGCGAUGAGAGCAGGACAUUUCUGAGAGGUCAAAAUGUACCUCUUGAACCCGAAAUAAAAGCUCAAAGAGAAAAUAAACGCAUGAAAGCGUUAGAAUUACAAUCUGCGAUUUUAAGCCAAUUAGAAGAUCGUGAAAGACAGAGACAAGAAGAAAAAGAAAGAAAACUUAGAGAGGAACGCCUGGAAGAAUUGAGAAUAAAACGUCAACAAGAAGAGGAUAGGCAAAGACUAGAAGAAGAACGAAGAAAAAGUGAACAGAAGCAGUUGCUCGAACAAAAAAAGUUAGAAACACUAAAGAAAGCACUUGAGGAUGCAGAACGAAAAGCAAGGCAAGAAAAAGAGAAAAGGUUUACUAGUCACCGACAAACCGUUCACUCAAACAUUAUAAUAGAAAAAAACAAAUCAAUACCAGAUAUGAAUGAAUCCAAUGAUUUAACAGAAGUAACUGAAUCAGUUACUCCUACCAAAACUAAUAGAACUUAUGAUGUUCAUUCCGCAAAAAGUCAAAAGAAAGAUUGCGGCUCUAUACACACAACAGAAUUCAAUUCGCCGAGAUCAGCAGGGCCAAAUAAUUUAAAUUUAUUUAUUCAUAGCGUACCUCCUCUUACAUUAACCGAUAACCAAUACAAUAUCGUACCAAUAGGAAUAAAUGGUCACGGUGAAAUAAUAAGUGGACAAUCAAGUAGUUUGCAAUUAGCAGUUAUAGUUCCACAAAACAUAUCAAAUAGCUUGUGCAGCGUAUCAUUAAAUUCGCUGAACAAUUUAAGUGAACUAUCGGAUUCUGGAAAAGUUUUGACUCCACGGAAAUAUCGAGUGGCCAAUGUUCUAAUAAAAACCAAAGAAGUUGCAACACAAACGGAUUCAAUUUUUGGCAAAACCACAACAGAUAAAACUUUUGAUACUAUUGAGAGAAAUUACGACAAAGAUUAUCCAAAUAUUGAUGAAAAUGCACCUCAUGAAAGUCAUCACAAUACCUUAAAAAAGGACAGACGUUUUCGUUCAGAAGAACGUUUUAAAAAAGAGAUUGAAAGUAGACCUAAAUGGGGUGUCAACAGGCCCGCUGCACAAUAUAAAAAACAAAGUGAAAAAGAUCCAUUCUACAGUCAAAAAAGGAAAAUGCGACAAAAAUACCGAUCCCAAGCACGGCAAUAUUUAUCACAAUCGAGUGAGGACAGUCGUUCUCCAAGUCCGCCAACAAGAUCUGAUAAGAAUUCUGAUAACAACCUGAAGCAACGUAAUUCACUGAGUCAAUCAUAUUGGAAAACAAAACAACCUAAUAAUGAAGUAUCUAAAUUAAAUAGUGCAAGUGAAGCGACAAGUAGUAUAGCUUUAGAAUUUACUCAUAUAGGUACGGCAAAUGCCGAAAUCGUUGAAAAUAGAAAAUCCCCAAAGCGGUCUCCUACAAAAAGGAUGACCUUGUCCCAAAAAUUUAUUAACGACAAAUACGGAAAUAGAAAACUGUGGUUAGAUGAUGUUAACGAAAGAAAUAUUAUAGAAAAUCGAAAGAAAAUUAUAGACCAAUUAAAUUUUGCAAAAAAGGAUUAUAUGGAUCGUAAUAAAGACCAAGAUAUAAUCAACGCUAAAUAUUAACGAAUGGCUUACUGAAGACUUAUGUAAAUAGAUUUCAUAUAGUUCUUAACAAUUUAACACUGCCUUGUGAAUCACAGUUAGCUAGUAGUGCAAUCCAAUAAGAAGAGAAAAUAGGUUAGUAGGGAUAUUGAUUAAACUGUUUCUAUGGAAUGAGCCAAAAUGUUACGUCGAUAUAGUAGCAGCAACAUGCGUAUUGGUACAAGUCUAGGAACAAUAAAAUGUCUAAAUUGGACGAUUUCUUUGAUAAAAAGAAAGAUGAAGCUCCUAUGCUGGAUUUGUCUAAAACUGUGAUUAAUAGUGCCGAGGAAUACAGAGCGGUUUUGGAUAAAGUGCCCGACUUUAAGACGAGACCAGAGAAGGUAAUUCUUGUUAUCAAAAUUAUUUUGUGAUGAAAUAGCAAAACAUAAAUAAAUUUACACAAUAGGUACGCGCAGACGAUAUUAAAAUAAAAGAUAGAGCGGAAGAUCACAAGACUAAAACGCCUAAAAAGGAAAUACGCGCUUAUGAAAAGUUGGGAACGCGCGGUUAUGAAGAGAAACAUUUCACAUUCAUGGACCCCAUUCCCGUAGAGAUGCGAGGCCUGAAGUUUGAAGAACUAUGUAUUGUGCCUAUUGAAUGGAAAAUGCUUACAUCCAUUAGACCUAAAUCUAAGCUUGAUGAAGAAUAUUAUAACAGGUUAAUAGAACUGGGUAAAGCUGAAUUAAAAACUAAGGCCAGAGAAAAAAGAGAAUUGGCGAAAAACAACAUGAUAAGGAAAACUAAGAACCGAUCGGGUGUGACUGAAACAAGAAUUGUUUCUUGUUCUGAAUGCGGCGAAGAAUAUUGUAAUGGUUGGUAAUGUUGCUGUUUUGAUUUUUACUGAGAUCACAUAUCCCAAUUAUUAGUAAGUAGUUAGGUACACUUUCCGAAAUUUAUUACUAGAUUUUUUUCCGUAAAAACAUUCUCCAAAUUAGGGAAAAUCUUAAAAAAAUGAUAGAUGAAAUACAAUGACCUUCUAUGAAAUUGGUAAUCGUUCUCAAGGAACAUAGGAAAUAUUUUUUUGGGUUCUGUAACCUGAGGGUAAAAACGUUAACCUAUUACUAAAACUCCACUUUCCGUCUGUCUGUCUGUUUAUCACCGGGCUGUGUCUCAUGAACCGAAAUGAACCCUGAACAGUUGAUCACAGAUGAUGUAUUUCUGUUGCCACUAAAAAUACUAAAAACAGAAUAAAAUAAAUAUUUUAGGGGGUUUCCAUAAAACAAACGCGAUUUUUUUGCCGUAUUGAUAUGACACUUAUAAUAUCCACAGAAUAUUUAGUUGUAUAUUCACUUUAUAAAUGAAAAAUUAAAUUAAAAUUAUAUUUAAGGAGAGCUCCCAUACAACAUUUUUUGUAGUCUUUUGCGCGAUACUAAAAUUUAGGUAGUGUAGGUAACAUUAUUUAUCUAUUAUGCACCGUGAAUUUUAAGUUACGCAUUCUCUGGUUUUUAGUGGCCCUGUUCAGGGCUUUAGGUAGGGCCCUGCUCAUUUCAUCCGGCCCAAGGGCUGGCUGAAAUGUGCGUGGAGGAGCCCCACAUACCUAUUCUUCUCGCUCCCCUGGUGGUUGAAGGAUGCGUAAGGCAUUUCCCUGACAAAAAAAAAGGUUUACGGGAGAUAGGUUAGGGCGUACCUUAAACUUUUAAACCGUUACAAAAUAAUGUUUAAACAUAAACAAGAUUGAAAUAAACGGGGUUUUUGUUAUUACAGGCAUAUUAUAGAAAAAACUAAAAACUUUUUUCUUCAUUAUAAUCAACAGGAAAGUGGUGUGUCAUCACAAAUUAUGACAUGUUCGCGCGUUUGAAAGUGGAGGUGGAAACCAAGAGGAAGACACAGGCUGCGCCGCCGCAGUCUGGCAAACUGCGUAGACCCAAGCGGCGCGGACGAAGGAAGCCGCGCAGCAAGAGCGCAGCACCGCCGUUACAAAACUCCAAUUUCAAAAAGUCAGGCGCUAAGAGCGAUUCCGAAUUAUAAACCUAUUAUUUGUCGUAAAAUAUACUAAAUACGUUAUUUACAAGGUUUCUGUGUUGUGUUGUGAUGUGACACAUUAAAGUAUAUAAAAACUCAUUUUGCUAUUCGUCCAUAUGGCUGCUUUGCUGGCUUUUCAAAACAUAACUUCGUAUUGAAUAUCCACAAUAAACUACCUAUUAUUAUUUAUUUGUAAAAAAUAGUAGAUCCGAAUAAUAUUUCACUUUUGUAAUAUACAAUUCAAACUGCACAAAUUCGUCUAACUGUAAGCAUUAAAACAUUAUUUGCUGCUACCUAGCUUCCGCCCAAAACUUUGUCCGGGUUAUAAUUAGUUUAUUGUGAAUCAAAAAGAUAAGUCAGAAACCUUUUUUCCGGUAUAAAAAGUAUCUUGUGUGUUAAUCUAGGUAAGAUCUAUUUAUUCCAAAUGUCAUCCAAAUCCGUCCAGCCAGCCGUUUUAGUGUGAACGAGUAACCAACAUACACUGCAUCCAUUGAUACUUUCACGUUUAUAAUAUAAUUAGGAUUCAUUAUUUACUUACUUCCAAAAUAAUAAUGCAUUUACAUAGGACAAACUUACGUGCCUUAAUUAUAUCAAAAUGAUGAUAGUACAGAACUGAUAUAAUAUAACGUGUACCUAUGUGGAAAUAUACAGAAUGUGCCACGGGUUUGUCUCACGGAGGGAAAGUAUAUUAAAUAUUGAAGAUAGGAUAUUUCAGUGAAAGAGGACAUCAUUUUAUUUGUAAUAUUAAGUAGAACUGCAUUCACAAUUUCCAGAAAAUCGCCUGCCGAAACCGGGAUUCAAAGUCGUGAAAUGUGAAACAGAAAAAACACCAUGUAUUUUAUGAUAACCGUCGACAGGGUUAAUCAUGAGGAUUGCUUUUUCCUAAAUAACAUAGUAUUUUAAAUGAAAGGAAAAAAUCACGAUUUAUUUUUAAUAAUUGAACAUAAACUUCAAUCGAAAAGAAACGGUGCAUUGUUUGUUUAUGUAUCGCUUUUUUUCACGUACUUAAAGUAAGGAAAUCCUGUAUUAUUAAGACU